GACAUACACUCGUCAUUCAGGACUAGUCGACGCCCUCGCCUUGGCGCAUACCUCGACCAGUCUAUAUAGCGCCACGCACGACGCAAUCAUGAGCGACGCAAACAAUCACCUCCGGCCUACGACGCAGGCAAGCAUGGCCGAAUCAGACAGGACUGCGGUGCAAAGUCAUGAGCCCUCGCUUUUGGAGGGCAAGGGUGCUGUCGAAGCUGUAGCACCUGCAGCCAAUCCUGCAUCCGUCGAGCCAAUCAUCGCAGACGAGAAGAAUGCUGGAGUAGUCGACACAAAGCGCAAUUCGCAAAUCAGCGCAGACGACGAAGAGGACGGUUUCGAAUACCCCAAGUCUUGGAAACUAGCGGCCAUCACAAUAGCUCUCUGCUUGAGCGUCUUUUGCAUGGCAUUGGACAAUACCAUUAUAGCAACGGCGAUUCCUCGCAUCACCGACCAGUUCAAAGCACUGAACGAUGUCGGUUGGUAUGGCAGCUCAUACCUCCUCACAACAUGCGCCACCCAACUCAUCUACGGAAAAUUUUACACCUUCUACUCCAUCAAAUGGGUCUACCUCAUCGCGCUCGCCAUCUUCGAACUCGGCUCUUUGAUCUGUGGUGUUGCGCCCAACUCUACUGCGCUGAUCAUUGGUCGUGCGGUUGCUGGAGUCGGUGCAGCUGGCAUCUUCAGCGGUGCGAUACUCAUUAUUGCCAGCACGGUUCCGCUUCGCAAGCGUCCUACCUACAUGGGUUUGAUUGGUGGUAUGUACGGCAUUGCGUCUGUUGCGGGUCCUCUUAUGGGCGGAGCCUUCACCGAUCACCUAACCUGGCGCUGGUGCUUCUAUAUUAAUUUGCCAUUCGGUGCCCUUACAGCUGCAUUUAUUAUCCCGUUCUUGAGCGUUCAGCGACGUGGAAAGAAGGUCGACGCGACAUGGAAGCAGCAGCUUAAGAAGUUCGAUCUCGAGGGCACUGUACUCUUCCUCCCAGCCAUCAUCUGCCUGCUCCUUGCGCUUCAGUGGGGAGGAUCCAAGUAUGAUUGGGGUAACGGCCGCAUUAUCGCACUCUUCGUCAUAUUCUCUCUCCUCAUCAUCGGCUUCAUCGCCAUCCAAUGGUACAAACAGGAGAACGCCACCGUUCCUCCCCGCAUCUUCCUCAACCGCAACGUUUGGGGAUCGGCAUGGUUUGGAGCUAUGCUUGGCGCUGCUUUCUUCGUCAUGGUCUACUAUCUUCCCAUCUGGUUCCAGGCGAUCAAGGGCGUUUCUGCUACGAAGUCCGGCAUCAUGAACCUCCCUUGCAUUUUGGGCCUAGUCAUCGUGUCUAUGAGCUCGGGCAUCCUUGUGACGGUUAUCGGCUACUACACCCCCUUCAUGCUCAUUUCCAGCGUCUUGAUGGCCAUUGGUGCUGGUUUACUGUCCACCUUUGAGACCGACUCGAACUCUCCCAGAUGGAUCGGAUACCAAUUCCUCUUCGGUGCCGGGGUUGGAUUCGGCAUGCAGCAGACACUUGUCGCCGUCCAGACUGCACUUCCCGCAGGCGACGUCCCCAUCGGUACCGCCAUCAUGAUGUUCACGCAAACACUCGGUGGUGCCCUCUUCAUCAGCGUCGGCCAGAACGUCUUCACGAACCAGCUCAUCAAGAACCUCGGCACCCUCGUCCCUGAGCUCGACACUAAGAUCGUCCUUGCUGUUGGCGCUACUGAGCUCAAGAACGCCAUCGAGGAGAAAUUCCUACCCGGUGUCCUUACAGCCUACAAUCUCGCUCUUACGCAAACCUUCUACGUCUCUGUCGCUACUGCGUCAAUGUCCAUCCUUGGCGCAGCAUUCGUGGAGUGGAAGAGCAUGAAGGGCAAGCAAGUCGUCAUGCACGCCGCAUAGACGAUCGAAGCCACACCCGAUGACGCAACGCGUGUCAGAACCAUAAUUCGACUUCAUAGAUACCCGGCAUUUGAUUGCGUUAUACCCGUUCCGUACGUCAGCAUAGCGUGUUGGUGCGGUUUAGAGUUUUGCAUCUUAGUAUGAUUGUAAUAGAUUGACGGCCUUUGUAGGGAGGGCGUGUCACAGAUAUGGGGUGUCAGCUGUGCUGGUGGACCACUCUUCGCUCCCAAAAGUUGUAUAGAACGUAAUGCAUAAGUAAUAUCGAA